UAUUAGUUUAAUUUUUAAAUGGAUUUUAGAGCAGAAGUAGAUUUCUUUAGGGUUAUCUUGAAGCCCACGCUUUCUCUUUUCCUAUUGAGACAAGGCAUUCAUUUCCAAUUGAGACAAGGAAUUCUUUUCCUAUUGAGAUUGGUAUAUAUCCCUAAUCUCUAUAUAACUGCUUUUUACCAUAACCCACAGCUUAACCCCAUCUCGUAUUUCCCUUUUCUCUGUCUUUCGACCAUGGCGAGGACCAAGUCUCGGCCACUGAAUUACUGGAGGAAUUACUUUGAAACUGCGAAAGAUACGAAUAUUUUCAGUAUAAUUGAUCAUGCCAUCAAGGUGGCCGCUUCUGAUUUUCCAAAAGACUUCAGUUUACAAAAGGACAGAAUAGUUGCACGAUUGUCUUCUAUUCAGUGUUUAGGCAAUGAUGAAGAAUCAGUUCAUGGUGGUUGCGAAAGUGGAUCCGAUAGCGAUGGCUGUGAAGGACUACUUGAGGCUGAUGUUAAUAAAGAGAGCAACCUAAGUGAUGAGGCCGAUCGUGUUUCGAUUGAUGACGCUUCUCAAAAUAUUGAUGCAGAGGUCUUGAGGAUCAAGGAAAUUUUUGAAAACAGUGAUAAGGAAAAGGCUAAUGACGCUUCAAUGCUCGAGUAUCUGACGAGACUAAAGAUGAUGACUAUGACUGUGGAGACUCUUGAGGCAACCGCAAUUGGUAAAGUUGUUAGUGGUCUCAAAAAGCAUGGAUCCAAGCAGAUUCGUGAUCUUGCUCGAACACUUGUUGAUGGGUGGAAAGUCGUGGUAAGUGAAUAUUUGGCUACCCAAAAUUCUAAACAGUCCUCUUCAGAUGUUCUUAGCAAACAAAACAAGAAUGAACAACUAGUGAUCAAGAAACAAGAAGUUGUAGCUGUGAAGCCAAAUAAGGCCUCAAACAACAAUGAAGAAAAGAUGCAGCGCUUGGAUGAUGAAGUUGCAGCGCAAGUGAAAAUCGAAGCCACAAAAAGGAAACUCCAUGAGCGUUAUGAGCAAAUUGAGAACACCAAGAAGCAAAGGAUGGUUCAAGUCUUGGAUGAUCUCCCCAAGCAAGGGCCUAAAGUGUGGGAACCAACUACUAAUCAACAUGGAAAGAAACCUGGUUCAGCACAUGGACGGAUAUCCGAUAAGUUGCACAGAUUAAAAAAGCAAGCUGGUGUGGUCGGCAAGUAAUGAGAUAUUCCUAUAUUUCUGAUAGUGAACGAGAACCCUUUUUGCAUAUAUUCUUUGAGAGGUUUUUCUCUGAAAUAAAAUAGUAGGAUUUGCCCAUUUGACAUCUAAUUUCAAAACGAAUACAAUCGAUCUCCAGCAGUAUCCCGAAUCAAUGGCUGCCUGCAACUUAUCAUCUCGGGUCUGUUUGUCAUCUACACACCAUUGCUUAUUGAGGUCCUCA